AUGACCGUCACCUACACAAGCAAAGUGGCCAAUGCUCAGUUAGGCUCCUUCUCCCGCCUGCUGCUGUGCUGGAGAGGCAGCAUCUACAAGUUGCUUUAUGGCGAGUUCAUCAUCUUCCUGGCCUGCUACUACUCCAUCCGCCUCAUCUACAGGCUGGCCCUCAAUAGUGAUCAGCAGCUGCAGUUUGAGAAGCUGGCUUUGUACUGCGACAGUUCGAUCCAGCUUAUCCCCAUUUCCUUCGUGUUGGGCUUCUACGUGACGCUGGUGGUGACUCGAUGGUGGAAUCAGUACGAGAGUCUGCCGUGGCCCGACCGCCUCAUGAACCUGGUGUCGAGCGUGGUCGAGGGCAAGGACGAGCACGGGCGGCUGCUGCGGCGCACACUCAUCCGCUACGCCAACCUGGCCAACGUACUCAUCCUGCGCAGCAUCAGCGCUGCGGUGUACAAGCGCUUCCCCAGCACUUUGCAUUUGGUGCAAGCAGGCUUUAUGACCCGUGCCGAACACAAACUCUUUGAGAACCUUGAAGGACCACACAACAAAUUCUGGGUGCCCUGGGUGUGGUUCACCAACCUGUCAGUGAAGGCCUGGAAGGGUGGUCGGAUCCGAGACACUGUGCUGCUCCAGAGCCUUCUGAAAGAGGUAAACACCUUACGAACUCAUUGUGGACGACUCUAUGCUUAUGACUGGAUCAGUGUUCCGCUGGUCUACACUCAGGUGGUGACUGUGGCUGUCUACAGUUUCUUUGUGGCCUGCCUGAUUGGGCGACAAUUUCUAGACUCAACCAAGGCCUACCCUGGCCAUGAGCUGGACCUGUUUGUACCUGUCUUCACAUUCCUGCAGUUUUUCUUCUAUGCAGGCUGGCUGAAGGUGGCCGAGCAGCUCAUCAACCCAUUUGGAGAGGAUGACGAUGACUUUGAGACCAACUGGAUUGUUGACAGGAGCUUUCAGGUAUCCCUGUUGGCUGUGGACGAGAUGCACCAGAACCUGCCGCCGCUGGAGCGGGACAUAUAUUGGAACGAUCGGAACCCACAUCCCCCCUACACAGCCGCUUCUGCCCAGUCCCGAAGACCCUCCUUCUUUGGCUCCGCCUACGACAUCAGCAUGGACGAAGAAGAUAUGGAGUUUCAGCCCAAUAACAAGAGUGAGGAGGAGGGGGAGAGCAGCGGGCCCACCGGCAUCAUUGGCCGCUUCCUAGGGCUGCAGUCCCAUGAACAGCCCACCAAGAUGAACUCAAAGACCCACCUCCUAACGCAUAGGAGAAAUUCUCUUCCAUACAAGGCGGGUCAUGCUAAGCAUCAGUUCAAUGACCACAGGGGAGGCCUGAUGGUCCCAGAAAGCCCUCAGUACCAUGGGGACCAGGAGGACAGCAAAGUCUGGAAGCUGAAGACGGAUGAUUUCAAGUCCAGCCCACAGUAUGACAGGUCUGGUUACCACGGUGCCCCAGAGAUGUCCCUCAGCCAUAAUCCCAUGGUCUUCCCACCAGAAUCGUCAAUGCCCUCAAGGCUCGACAACCUUACAGACCAAGACAUGGCUAUCAGAGGCCAGAGCCUAAACCCGCAGGCUCAUGGGGCCAAGAAUAGUUUUGAAUUGCUCCCCGAGCAGGUCUCAGCCUUCAAGGAGCACCCAGAAGUAAGUAAUGAGAAGAGGAAAAUUGUAGAGUUUAACCUGGCAGAUAUGCCGGAUGCCCCUGAAAAUCAUCCCGGCAAUGUGCACACUCAGCUCAGAGACCACGGAGAUCCCUACUUGGACUUGGAGAACAGGUCUGUCCCUGGGCACUGCCCUCCCCUCUUCCUACACAUAGCUCUUCCAUUCAUCAGACUAGAGAGCCCUAUGCCUAACACUGGCUUGGGGUGUGCAACUAGCACCCUAUAG